AUGACCCAAAACACAGUAAUUGUUGUCGGAGGACCCGCUGGGACCGGCAAAACUACCAUAGCAGAGCUCUUGAGUGCUCAAUUUGCGUGUCCAUUUAUUGAAGGAGAUUCGCUUCAUCCUCCGGAAAAUAUUGAAAAAAUGUCCAAAGGCAUUCCACUUACGGACGAAGAUCGAUGGGGUUGGUUAAGACAGUUAAGUGAGGAGGCGUCAGAGAAGGCUAUUUCGCCCGAGAACAAGUCCAAGAUUUGCAUUGUGCUGUGUUCUAUGUUGAAGAGGGUGUACAGAAGCUACAUCAAAAAAUCGAGCAGUGAAAAAUUUCCUCACAACGAAUUGAAGUUUCGGUUUUUGUUCCUCCACACCACGUUUGAGGAUCUCAUGAAGCGUGUGAGUGGAAGGAAGGGCCAUUACAUGAAAUCGGACAUGGUCAAGUCGCAAUAUGAUAUUAUGGAGAUUCCCAAUGGGGACGAGUUGGUUGCGAAUGGAGGAGAGUGUUUGGCAGUGGACACCACGAACAAGACACCAGAGGAGAUUUUACGGGAUAUUAUAAACCAAAUAAACUAA